GUUCACAACUCUACACUUGUAGAGAGGAUCAGAGACAGGAGCAGAGGAGGAGCUGACAGUCAGGGAAGGGGCUGAGAAGAUCUGGUGCCCUACAGAGAGCCAUGAGAGGGGAGAGAGGCUGGAGCACUGAGCGCUUGGCAGGACCCAGUACCAGGUGGUCUCACAUCUGAGAGGUGGCUGCGGAACCAGACCUGGCACCACCACCCGGCACCUUCUCCCUGGCUCCCUAUAACGCAACUGAACUGCCCCAUUUCACAAGAGCCCCAACUUUCACCAGGAGAGAACAUUCAACCCCAGGAUAUUUCUCCCACCCCACAAUACCCCCUAUUGCACUCCCCCACAGGACAGGACCUUCAACACUGCCAAGGAGGUUUCCAUCCCACUUGGUCCAGAAGAUCCCAUUUUGCCCCGUUUCAGAAGCUUCCCCUAUCCCACCCUCCUGGGGCUGGGGGUCUGAGCAGGUCCCUCGGUGUACCACAGCUAGGGACCCCCAGGACCUUGACAGAGGCAUUAUGCUGCCCAAAGUGGAGUCUGAAACCAUGGGAAUGCCCAGAGCACAUGGGGAGCAAGGUCAGAUGGCAGAGAACAUGCACGUUUCACAAUUUAAGAUGAUGGGCUAUUCUUACGAUGAUGAUCUGGAAGAGAUGUGUCCAGUGUGUGGGGAUAAAGUUUCUGGAUACCACUAUGGACUUCUGACCUGUGAGAGUUGUAAGGGUUUCUUCAAGAGAACAGUCCAGAACAAUAAGAGGUACACGUGUAUAGAGAAUCAGACCUGCCAGAUUGAUAAGACCCAAAGGAAGCGAUGUCCCUACUGCAGGUUCCAGAAAUGUCUCACUGUGGGAAUGAAGCUAGAAGCGGUGCGGGCAGAUCGAAUGAGAGGAGGAAGGAACAAAUUUGGGCCAAUGUACAAGCGUGACCGAGCACUAAAGCAGCAAAAAAAGGCAUUAAUACGAGCAAAUGGACUCAAAAUAGAGGCCAUGAGUCAGGUCAUUCAAUCUAUUCCCACAGACCUAACUAUUUCUUCUGCCAUUCAGAACAUUCAUUCAGCAUCCAAAGGUCUACCUCUUACCCAUGCUGCCCUUCCCCCUACAGACUAUGACAGAAGCCCAUUUGUGACAUCACCCAUCAGUAUGACCAUGCCACCUCAUGGCAGCCUGCAGGGUUACCAGACUUAUGGCCACUUCCCUAGCCGUGCUAUUAAGUCCGAGUACCCAGACCCUUACACGAGCUCUCCAGAAUCCAUAAUGGGAUAUUCAUACAUGGACAAUUAUCAGACAAGUUCCCCAUCAAACAUACCGCACCUUAUAGUAGAACUAUUGAAGUGUGAGCCAGAUGAGCCACAAGUCCAAGGCAAAAUAAUGUCUUACUUACAACAGGAACAGGCCAACAGGAGCAAGCAUGACAAACUCAACACCUUUGGACUUAUGUGCAAAAUGGCGGACCAAACACUAUUUUCCAUUGUUGAGUGGGCAAGGAGUAGUAUCUUCUUCAGAGAACUAAAGGUAGACGACCAGAUGAAGUUACUUCAGAACUGCUGGAGUGAGCUACUGAUCUUGGACCACAUCUUCCGGCAGGUCCUACAUGGCAAGGAGGGAUCUGUGCUCUUAGUUACAGGGCAGCAGGUGGAUUAUUCAGUGAUUGUAACGCAAGCCGGCGCCACUUUAAACACCCUUAUGAGCCAUGCUCAGGAUCUAGUAAGCAAGCUCCGCUCUCUGCAGUUCGACUUGAGGGAGUUUGUAUGUCUGAAAUUCCUGGUGCUCUUCAGUCUGGAUGUCAAAAACCUGGAGAACUUCCAACUUGUGGAGGGCGUUCAGGAACAGGUUAACGCUGCUCUCCUGGACUAUACAUUGUGUAACUACCCACAACAAACGGACAAAUUUGGGCAGCUACUGCUGCGGUUACCAGAAAUCCGGGCCAUAAGUUUGCAAGCAGAAGAAUAUCUUUAUUACAAACACCUAAAUGGCGAUGUUCCGUGUAACAAUCUUCUCAUUGAAAUGCUGCAUGCAAAGAGGGCCUGAAUUCUUUAUUGGACUCAUAACAAAGAAUUACAAAAACUGUAAACUUUCAAGACUUUUAAAACUCAUAAAAGGUAUAUAAUGAUCAAAAUCCUUAAUAGUCAAUAAGUGAUGCAUCAGGGUAUUUGUAUUUCAAACUGUGAAUGACGUUGCAUAUCCCCAAUGGAAUCUGUACGCAACUCUAUGGCGGAAUUCAAAAUGGCUGACCCAGCAGAAUAGUAAAUGGCUGAACUUUUGUGCAUUGUAAAAUGGGGCUAAUUUCCAAAUAAAAAGAAGCAGCUCAAGGGGCUGUGCUGCUAAACAAUAAAAUAAUAGCGGGAGCUGAGAAUCGCACACUUAAGACUCUUUUCUCCAUACACGUAACAUGUAAAUUUACGCCAAAUAUGUCUAUGCAUUCCCAAGUGUGUUGUUUAAAAUAUGGUUGGCCCAAACAAAACAAAAAUAAGUAACAUAAAAUACAAACCAAAAAUGUUUAUAUUUAAUUGCAUGUAAUCUACUUUGUCUUAACAAACAGUGGCUGCAAAAUGUGUAUAGAUGCUGAGAAUAACUAUAUGAUGUUGUACUCUUGUAAGGCGAGCUGUUGUUACUUCACGACUACCCUGGGAUACUACCCCUUAAAAAAACAAAUGGUUCAGAUUUUAUUAAAUAAAGCCAGCCUGUUGUAUGAUUGGAUAAAGCGCACGUUUGUUUCCAUGGCAACACACGCUCUUGUGUUUACUGUUUAUUCCACCAUGGUUUUUAUAUUGGUUAAUAGAUAUUUACAGAUAACCAUUGCAUAUGAGUAAUUUUUAGUACUACUAAUGGAAUUUUUGUUGGAUAUUUUAAUUUUUUGGGUGCUAAAUUAUGUUGGUUGAAAACUUAGUAGGUCUCAUUUAGAAAUUCCUGGAAUUUGUGGCUAAAUUAAGAAAAAUUACAAUUUGGCUAUUUUUGCUAAAGAAUUGUGGGAAAAAAUGUAAAAUACUCCUAUAGUGUACCCCUUCGUACCAUAGCCCUAUAGUGUACCCCUUCGUACUAUAGCCCUAUAGUGUACCCCUUAGUACCAUAGCACUAUAGUGUACCCCUUUGUACCAUAGCGCUAUAGUGCAGGGGUUGACAAAUCUGUUUAGAAUGUAGGAGCCAGUAAUAAUAUUUAGGAGCCGGGCAUAUUUUUUGAAGCCAGACAGUGGUAUUUGAAUAUAGAUCUAUGGAGAAUAACCAAAAAAGUUAGGAGCCAGGGAUAAUAUUCUAGGAGUCAGUGGCUACCUGGCUCCUGGGUUUGUCGAGCCCUGCUAUAGUGUACCCCUAUAUACCAUAGCCCUACAGUGUACCCCUUUGUACCAUAGCACUAUAGUGUACCACUUUGUACCAUAGCCCUAUAGUGUACAUCUUCGAACCAUAGCCCUAUAGUGUACCCAUUCGUACCAUAGCCCUAUAGUGUACCCAUUCAUACCACAGCCCUAUACUGUACCUCUUCGAAUCAUAGCCCUAUUGUGUACCCAUUCAUACCAUAGCCCUAUAGUGUACCUCUUCGUACCAUAGCCCUAUAGUGUACCCAUUCAUACCACAGCCCUAUACUGUACCUCUUCGAACCAUAGCCCUAUAGUGUACCCAUUCAUACCACAGCCCUAUACUGUACCUCUUCGAACCAUAGCCCUAUAGUGUACCCAUUCAUACCAUAGCCCUAUAGUGUAGCCCAAUGUACCAUAGCCCUAUAGUGUACCUCUUUGAACCAUAGCCCUAUAGUGUACCCCUUCGUACCAUAGCCCUAUAGUGUACUUCUUUGAACCAUAGCCCUAUAGUGUACCCCUUCGUACAUAGCCCUAUAGUGUACCCCUUCGUACCAUAGCACUAUAGUGUACCCCUUUGUACCAUAGCCCUAUAGUGUACCCCUUCGUACUAUAGCCCUAUAGUGUACCCCUUCAUACCACAGCCAUAUACUGUACCCCUUUGAACCAUAGCCCUAUAAUGUACCCCUUUGUACCAUAGCCCUAUAGUGUAUCCUUUUUUAACAAUAUUUAGCAUCCACUUAUUGUACCCAUCUUAAUCACCCCCUUUAGUGUACCCAUGCUAGUGCACCACCAUAAUGUGCCUUUCGUCUCACAGCACCACUCUCCCUAUUAACACUUUCUGUGUUAACUUCUUGGCUUAUACAGCUAUUAUCAGACACCAUGUUUACUAUUUGCCCCUUAUUAUUGCACAGUCCCUACUAGAGGACCCCCUGCCAUGCUGGGCUCCACCUCUCAUUUCUGCCCUUUUUGGUACCAUAGCUACCUCCAGUCAUUCCAUCCAUUUAUAUUUUUUCUAGCACAUACGUAAGUAUUAAUGGGCUUUAGAUGCAGCAGUAACACUAUAAUGUCUCUUUAGAUGAUGGCCAUAUGACCCCUACAGUGAGGUGUAGCUUGUAAAGUCUAUAUUUUCCCAGCAUUGAAUAACACAUCAGCUGCAUAUAACGGUUAACAGAUAAGUCACAAUGUAAAGUAGUAGCUACUUGACAGCUGAACAAACCACCAACACAUGUAUUAAAAGAUGGCGUCUGUGAAACAAGGCCAAGGCUCAGUGCAGCCAUGUUUAAUGAUGUCAUACAAUGUUUACAUACAGGAGGGCAGGAGCUGUUGCCAAAGCAAUUGUUAUUAUUAUUAUUUUAAUUUAUUGCCUUCCCCAUCGUUAGCCUUGUUUGGUCAUUUAUUUUUUAACAUUGUGUAAUUAUUGUCGGGAGACUAAAAUCAAAUCUUGUCAUUUUUAAAAUGUCCUUACAGUACAGCUCUAAGCAUCACAUGCCGAGAAGUUUGUAUUUAUCACAUACAGAGCAAUACCCGUAAAUACACGCGGGCAAUGAUUGUUGUAUGGAUAUGAACACAUUGGUGCAGAUGGUUAGGGGAUAUAUUCAUCAAACUUUCCCAAAACAAAAUCUUGUUGCAAUGUUGGUCAGAUUUAUUCAAAUGGAGAAGAAAUAUAUGAUGUGUGAGCAAUAGACUGUGGAUGUAUUCAACCUGGACAUGAAAAUAAUAAUUCUCUUUUCUUUCAAGGGCCUCUGCUUAUGUGCCACCGAUUUUUAAAAAAAUAAAUCAUUGCCUUUUCUGUGCACGUGUAUUGUUAGCACAAUGCUGCAUGAUGCUAAAUUUGAACCUUUUAUAAAUUCCCAUUAAUAAUAUUUCAUCCUAAAAAAAAAUCCUAUAAUUUUCCUCAAGUUUAGAAACCGGCCUUUAAAAAUCUACUCAUACAUGUCUUUCGUUUAGUAAGGCGCAAAGUGUACCCGAAAAUUGUCUUAUUUGAUGAAUAUAGCCACAAGCCGAGCGUUGUGUUCCUACAGCAGAGUAUAAUGCCUCUGGUGUUGUGGUGUCAGACAUUCUGUUUGUAUAUUAAUUGCAUUACAUAUGUACACACACAUACAUAUCUACCUAUCUGUAUGUAAAUAUAGGUAAAGAUACCUAUGCGUGUGUGUGUUGGGUGCUUAUAUUCUGAUGCAAUUGGAAACCGUCACAAGAUUCCUCUGCAUAUCGAUAGUGUAAAAUAAUAAAACUGUGAAUUUAUUUAAA